AUGGCUGCCAAGCGACUCAAGAUUGCCGUCCUGGACGAUUACCAGCAUGCGUCUGAGAAGCACUUUGCAAAGUUCAAAGAUCAACAUGAGAUUGUUUACUUUCCAGAUACGCUGCUGCCUUACAACGGCCCAGACACCCCGCAGUCCGUCAAGGAUGAGCUGGUCAAGAGGCUUGAGCCCUUUAACGUCAUAAGUACUGUGAGAGAGCGGACGCCUUUCCCUGCAGAGCUGGUGAAUCGGCUGCCCAACCUCCAGCUUCUCAUGACACAGGCGCGACGCAACCUGUCAUUGGAUCUCGAUGCCUUCAAGGCGCGGGGUAUCCCCGUUGCAACAGCGGUCCAUGUCCAUGCCACCGAUGAGAACGCCGUCGAGAGCACAGUUGAGCACAUUGUAACCAUGAUCUUGGCCCUCGCGAGGAACAUUGCAGCAGACGACGCAGCAAUGAAAGCGGGCCUAUGGCAAACCGGCCUCUGCACUUCCCUAUCUGGAAAGACUCUGGGUAUCAUCGGGCUUGGCCGUCUGGGCGGCGCUGCAGCUCGUAUCCUUCACAUUGGCUUUGGCAUGAAGAUUAUUGCCUGGAGCCAGAACUUGACUCAAGAGGCUGCCGAUGAACAAGCAGUGCACUUCAACUUGCCAGUCACAACCUCUACCGGGGAAAAGACUUUCAAAGUCGUCAGUCGAGAAGAGCUCUUCAGUACCUCUGAUGUCGUCAGCUUGAACUAUGUGCUCUCAGAUCGCACUCGAGGGUUUAUCACAUCCAAAGACUUUGACCUGAUGAAGCCAUCGGCCUUCUUCCACAACACGUCAAGAGGCCCGCUUGUUAACGAACAAGAUCUGCUCAACACCCUCAAGGCCGGCAAGAUUCGAGGCGCCGCGCUCGAUGUCUUCUGGCAGGAACCUCUUCCUGUUGACAGCGAGUGGAGGAGCUCUGAAUGGGGUAAGAAUGGCCGGAGUCAUUUGCUAAUCACGCCGCAUACCGGCUAUGUUGAAGAGAUGGCCAUCAACGGCUUCUAUGAGCAGGCGACUAGGGAUUUGCAAGCCUGGAUUGAAGGAAAGGAGCUACCUCUGAGGCUUGUCUAA